GCAGGAUGACAGCUGGCUUCAUGGGCAUGGCUGUGGCCAUCAUCCUCUUUGGAUGGAUUAUUGGGGUGCUGGGGUGCUGUUGGGAUCGAGGCCUUAUGCAGUAUGUGGCAGGGCUUCUCUUCCUCAUGGGAGGAACCUUCUGCAUCAUUUCACUGUGCACGUGCGUGGCUGGAAUCAACUUUGAGCUCUCCCGCUACCCCCGCUACCUGUACGGACUUCCCGACGACAUCAGCCAUGGCUAUGGCUGGUCCAUGUUCUGUGCGUGGGGGGGCCUGGGCCUCACUCUUAUCUCUGGCUUCUUCUGCACUCUGGCCCCUUCUGUCCAACCUGUCCCCAGGACCAACUGCCCCAAAUCUAGACCUGAGAACGGGACAGUGUGCUAAAACAAAUAGCAAACAAAUACACACACACAUACAUAUAUAUAUAUAUAUGUCUAUGUAUACCUAUACAUGCAUAUAUAUGUAUAUAUAAUUAUAUAUAUAUAAUCUCAAAUUAAUGCCAGUGCCAAGGUAGAGCUGAGUCCAACAGGGCACUCACAUCUCCACCGGACUCUGUUGCUUCGUUCUUUCUCACAGUGAUGGGAAAGCUUUUCUCUCACAUGGCUCUUCCAUCCAACUCUUAACUUCAGCAUCAUACCUUAGAGGUCAAAUCAACAUACAGUUGCACCUACCUACUGCCAUUUGGGAAGGGGAACAGGGCAUCUGUGUUGGGGAUCUGGAACCAGAAUCUGUACAGGACAUGGAGGGUGGGAUGGGGGGGACAAAAAGCCUGUCCAUUGCAGCCAGAAAGGAAAAUGCAAACAGCAAGCAAAGGAAAAAAUCAAGCAUUUGAGCCACCUCUGCAAUGUACCUCCUCAAGGCGAUUAUCAGACACCCACCCACUUUCUUUUUCUUUCUUACAACAAAA